CAGACUGCAGCAGGCAUCCUGGGAGUAUAGAGUAAAUGUGACCAAUCAGAAGCUCAGUCCAUUGCAACACUCACUGGGACAAGUUCUGUUGGGUUUGUGGUCAGAUCAGAUAUUUUUACAUCAACACAGGCCGGACCAUUUAACCACUUCCUGUAAUGAAUAAACUAAAUAGGCAGCAAAGCAGUGUGGGUAUUUAACCCCAGGCAAUCACAAUAGAGAAAGCAGAACCGACCCAUUGUGUUAGAAGUGGCUGCACCAAUAUAAAAUGGAUUAAUGGGUUUCAGAUCAGGUUGUAUAUUGAAAGGAAUGGCAAUCGGUAUGUCAGCUCCUCAGGCAAGACUAUUGCUGGGCCCAGGCUCUCCAGGCUGAGUGAUACCGAGGGAGGAUUGUGAGUGGGUCAGUAAUUGCUAUUGAUCCACAUUCCCAAUAUAUCCGCUGGAGAUUCCGGUACAGCAAAUGGAAAUGCACAAAUAGCAGCUGCCGAAUUAACCCCUUCCAGGGAGGGCGUCUUGUUAUGAGUUAGGAUUUUGCAGGUGGAAUUCAAUGAAGCGAUGUUGCAGUUGGUCUUAGAUUCCUGUGGUUUCUGCAAUACACUAAUUCCUUCUUGUGUUUUUGUGUCAUGUUAGUGUUACAGCAGUCUCGUGGGGGUCUCACAGGUAGUCUCGUGGGGGUCUCACAGGCAGUCUCAUGGGGGGGGAGUCUCUUCCAAUAACUGAGCACAAGGGACAUGGACAUUACUCUGCUAGAGGUGGGCUGGUUGGUCUGGAAGAGAAGGAGUUACACAGAAGAGGAAGUUUUGUUGCGCACGUUGGGGAUACUCGUUACCACUCUAUAACACUAGUUGUGGGUUUUGGCCACUUCCCGUGAUGUGCGGAAGGAGAAACAGAGAGACACAGAGAGACAGCAGCACCGGAGCUCUGAGAGACAGACAUGGAGCUCUUACAGAGACAUCUCCCCCGGGUGUAUGAAGCCCUGCAGAGCGCUCUGAAUUACCUGGGCAACGUAACUGCACAGAUAUUUGGAGCCCCCCCACCUAAUCGUCAGCAUGAAAGAAAUGCCCACGUGGCCCUUGGCACCGCCCCAUCACAGCCGACACACCCCCUCGAGACCCCAACACCUGGGCAACGAGGCGACACCAAAAGAACCGAGGAGACUGAACACUUCACACCCCAUGAAGACAACACAGUUUUAGACCCAACAUCAGAAGCAGAGAAAAGAGACCCCUCUCCUGAACAAACAGACAUGUCUAUUGCAGUAGUCACAGAAGAGCUAAAUGUGGAGAUGGAGCUUCAAAACAGAGCAAAGAUGGACCUGGAGUAUGAAGCACAUGAUGAAGGAACAAUCAGAGAUUCUCAUCUUCCCAGCGAUUAUGGAGAUCCCAUAGUGAUCAAAUAUGAUCAUUUUCAAGCAGAAAAGACAAGCACAAACAUCACUUUCUCAGAAUAUGAUCAAUAUAAGGAGGAGGAAGUGGGGUUUUUGUUAAAUGACAAAUGGCAGCAACACAAAGCAACUAACAAUGAAGAACUUAGCAAGGAUCCAACUCCUCCCCAAAAAAAUUCCAGUAAACUGGAAUUGAAUUCUGAAAAUCUAGAAAGUUUAGAUUUGAAAGUAAAUGAGCUGGAAAACAUUUCAUUUAAUGUAUAUGUGGGAUCAUCAGUAGAUUUUAAUGGUUUAUUAACAGCACACAGAGAAGAAGAACUUCUGGAGGAUGACUACAAGCAAGAUGAAGGAUUAGCUGACAUGGACAUUCUGUCAACUGUUCAGCCAAAGGAUGGUUUAUCCACCCAUGUUACCCAAGCUGUAACAGAGAGCCCAGACACUCAGAUGAAUAAGGAAGACCCUAGCCCUGAUUUUAUAACAAAAGAGACCAAAUUAACAAAGGGAACCUUUCAGAAGGAUACAGAAAGAGAUAUUAAAGAAGAGCUCAUAACCUCAUUGUGGACUUCACAAAACCCCCCAGAAUCCCAUUUGGUUCAGAAAGAACUGAUUGAAGUAAGAGAACUUUUACAUGAGGAAAAAACACAUUUGUUUACACUGGAGGAUUUAGGGGAAACAGGGGAGUCUUAUGAAGAGGCCAGUAGACUUACAAUUGUUUCCUCUGAAGACAUAUCUCUGGAAGUUCCAGAAGUUUUAAGUUUGGUAGAUAACUUAGGAGAAGACUGUACUUUGGAAACUAAAGGACAAUGUGCAGAUGAGAAAGGCAGUGGUCACUCGACAGCAGCCUCAGAGUCUGGACUGGAAAAACAGGAGACAGACCGAUCAAGGAUUGAUGUUAAUGACCAUCAUGACAAUAAAUGUCAAGAACUAAAUGUAGGUGCAUUUCAUAUGCAUCCUAGGAUUUAUGGAGAAAUAAAGUUGGAACCAAUAGACGCGCUACUUGAACAAAAUUCAGAUAAUAUCCCUGGGUCAUCAUGGGAUGCUCAUUCGGUUAAGAAAGAAGAUAAGAGUUUAAGAGAAUCAGAGCACACCAUAUGGUAUGAUGAAUAUGAGGCAGAAACUGAGAUGGAAGUAGGUAAUGAUAAUAACUUACAAAUCCCAGAAGAUACAUUCCAGGUAACAACAAGGUCUUUGCAAGAAACUGAGGAGCUAAAUACUGAAACAUUACAGAAACCAAAGGAACAAUUACAAGAUGAAGAACAACAAAUUACCUUCUCAGCUAAUCUAAUUAAACAUGUCUUGCGAGAUAUUUGUUCCACUGGUCAACAUCAGACACCAUUGCAGUCUGUAGAGUCCAAUGUAGGAGAAAACAACCAAAUAACCCAUGUGAUAUAUAAUGCAAAAAUAGACACUUCUCUAGAAGAAGCAAAUGAAUCACCGGUAGAAAGAGAAGGCAUUUCAGAAGUGGGUUCUUUGCAGAGAAUGGAACUUACAAAAGAGGAAAUAUUAGUUAGAGAAGCUGAAAAAAGUCUUGCUCAAGAUGAGAUAAAUAUUGUACAAGAGGUGGAAUGUUUGAACCUUAGAGAUCAGUUUCAAAAGACUGAACCAUGCAAUGCUCAAACAAAUGAUGACUCUGAGGAAGAGUCAAUGAAUUUGCUGCAACAAGAAUCGUCACUGGACCAACCUAGAAAUUUAGCUCAAUAUGAAGAGCCAAACAAUUCCUUGAGAGAUAUAUAUGUGAAGGAGAAAAGCUUGCCACAACUAAAAGAUGAGGACCUUCAGACAUACCCUUUAAAUGAAGAAAUAUUUACUGCAAUGGAGGAUUUAAUAAGUGGUAACGGUGAAAAUGGUCAGGAACUUUACACAACACAGAAUGAGGAAGGCUCUGCUGAAAUAAACCAACAUAGAUCACUCAACGAUGCAGAGAUAUUUCCUAAUGAAAAUCAAGAAAGCAGUCACAUAAUGACAAGACAAACAUCCAAAACAUAUGAGAAUGUUUUGAAAGAAAUUGAUGGAGUAUCUCAAAAUGAAUCCCAAGCAAAAGAAGUACAUGAUUCUUCCCUAGUAAAAAUGUUUCAGUCACAAACCUUUGAAGAAGACAUACACUUCCAGACAAUGGUAGAUUUAUAUAGGGAUAGGACAAGGGAAGAACACUGUGAACAAAUAGACCAUAGUAAUGAAGAAGUUGAACAAAACCAGGAAACAUACAAUAACUCAACGCAAGAUAAAUUGAAGUUGAUUUCAUCAACAUUUUCUGGAGAAAAUGCAGAAUAUGCAGAAGAAAAAAUCACUACCAAGUUAUUCGACACAACAGAAUCCUGUGAACCUCAUAAAGAAUUAAAUUGGAUUCCACAACCUCAACUUUUGAACACAUAUUUUGACCUUGAUUUCAUGAACAGUGGCAGUGAACUGGCUCUCUCUGAAGGUCAACUGCAAGUAGAACAUAUUCAAGAAGAAACUAUUCUUGAAUUUUCAACAGGUGAACCAUCAAAAGAAAUAGAGACCUUACCAAAAUCAGUUGAUCCAAUAAAAGAUGAAGAGACUUGUAAGACUAUUGCUGAGUUUGGAGUCCUGUCAAAUGAAUUACUUCUCAGUUCAAGCAGAUCUCACUUCAGUGAUGAAGAAACAGAAAGAGGUGGUGAUCCUGUUGGAGUAAUGCAUCCUUUACAUCAAGAUAUUAAUAUUAUCAAAGCAGCUGAUGAUCUCAGUGAAUCAAGGGAAGACAUGGAUGUGUUAUCAGACGUGCAACCAGAGAUUACUCCGACCCACUUAGUAGAUGAUGCCAAGGAACCAUCUACAUCUAUAGUUGAAACAGAAACAAAAUGUGUAAGGGACUGUUUAGGAAGUGUAGAACUUGUGCAGGGAAGAAUGAUCAAAACAGAGGAAAUCCUAAAAGACAAAAGGAAAUCAGAGAACAAACUGGAUAUGUUAUACAACAGUAUUAAUGAAGAGCAGCCCACAAAAGAAGUCCAAUCGUUUAGCACAUCAGAACAAUCACAACUUGUUGAAGAAGAAAAUAUUUUAGAAGAGAAGAUCUUGUUAACCAUUCAACCAGCAGAAGUCAAUGAAAGAGAAAUCUUAACAAAAUCAACACAAGAGGAAGAGACUCUUAAUACCAUUGAUCAAUUAGAUGCAAUGGAAUCUACUGAGAUUUCAAAAGAUAAUUUAAUUUACCCAUCAAAAGAAUUAUGUCUAUCUCAAACUAGUUAUCAAAUUAAAGAUGAAAUAGAAGACAUUAAUAAUCAACACCCAGAAGAAGAAAAAAACAUUAUCAUACCAGCAGAGAACUUAACAGAUCUCUGUGAAUCGCAGAAAGAACCAAAUAUGUUGUCACAUGUAAUAACAAACGUUAUUCAGAAUGAUCUAACAGGUGAUUGUAAGAAAACUCUAGUGGAACAGGCUCCUUUGGAAGAAAUGCAAUUUAUUACAACAGGCAGCUCACAACAAUUUGUUUCAGAGGAAAAUAUUUCAGGAGAGACAGAUAACUCACUUUCAGAAAAUCAACCAACAGUCACUGAAAGAGAUUCUGAGAUACAAGGUGAAGAGAACCUUCAGACCAGUGAUUACUUAGAAGAAAUAAAAUCCAUGGUGAUACCAGGUGAAAUUCUCAAGGACCUCUCAGAAGAACCACUUCUCUCUUCAACUCUUGUUAUUGAUGAAACAGAAAGGCUUCAUCAAACUGAGCAAAUUUCACAUAUAGAAAGAAAUGUUAUUGAAUCAGAUGAUAAUACAUCAGAGAAAGAUGCACUGCCAAACAUUCCUCAGAAUUAUCAGCAAACUGAAAUCCAAUUUAUGAAUACAAUAAGCCAGUCACAACAAUUUGUUACAGAGGAAAAUAUUUCUGGAGAAACAGAUCAAUCACUUUUAGAAGAUCAACCAACAGCCACUGAAAGACACUCUGAGAUACAAGGUGAAGAGAACCUUCAGACCUGUGAUUACAUGGAAGAAAUAAAAUCCAUGGUUAUACCAGGUGAAAUUCUCAAGGAUUUAUCAGAAGAACUACUUCUCUCUUCAACUCUUGUUAUUGUUAAGGAAAAAGAAAGGUUUCAUGAUCAAACUUCACAAAUACAAAGAAAUAUUAUUGAAUCAGAUGAUAAUACAUCAGAGAAAGAUGCACUGCCAAACAUUCCUCAGAAUUAUCUAGCAGAGGAUUCUAAGAAAACUCAUGUGGAACAAGCUCCUUUGGAAGAAAUCCAAUUCAUGACUACAAUAGGCCAGUCACAACAAUUUGUUUCAGAGGAAAAUAUUCCUGGAGAAACAGACCAAUCACUUUCAGAAGAUCAACCAACAGCCACUGAAAGACACUCUGAGAUACAAGGUGAAGAGAACCUUCAGACCAGUGAUCAUGUAGAAGAAAUAAAAUCCAUGGUGAUACCAGGUGAAAUUCUCAAGGAUUUAUCAGAAGAACUACUUCUCUCUUCAACUCUUGUUAUUGAUGAAAAAGAAAGGCUUUAUGAUCAAACUGAGAAAACUUCACAUAUAGAAAGAAAUGUUAUUGAAUCAGAUGACAAUACAUUGGAGAAAGAUGUACUACUUAACAUUCCUCAGAAUUAUCUAGCACAGGAUUCUAAGAAAACUCAUGUGGAACAAGCUCCUUUGGAAGAAAUUCAAUUCUUGACCACAAUAAGCCAGUCAAAACAAUUUGUUUCAGAGGAAAAUAUUUCUGGGGAAAUACAUCAAUCUCUUUCAGAAGAUAGACCAACAGCCACUGAAAGAGACUCUGAGAUACAAGGUGAAGAGACCCUUCAGACCAGUGAUUACAUAGAAGAAAUAAAAUCCAUGGUGGUACCAGGUGAAAUGCUCAAGGACCUAUCAGAAGAACUACCCCUCUCUCCAGCUCUUGUUAUUGUUAAUGAAAAAGAAAGGUUUCAUGAUCAACCUGAGCAAACUUCACAAAUAGAAAGAAAUAUUAUUGAAUCAGAUGAUAAUACAUCAGAGAAAUAUGCACUGCCAAACAUUCCUCAGAAUUAUCUAGCAGAGGAUUGUAAGCAAACUCACGUGGAACUGGCUGCUUUGGAAAAAAUCCAAUUCAUGAACACAGUAGGCCAGUCUCUACAAUUUGUUUCAGAGGAAAAUAUUUCUGGAGAGAUAGAUCAAUCAUUUUCAGAAGAUAAACCAACAGCUACUGAAAGAGACUCUGAGAUACAAGGUGAAGAAAACCUUCAGACCAGUGAUUACUUAGAAGAAAUAAAAUCCAUGGUGAUACCAGGUGAAAUUCUCAAGGACCUAUCAGAAGAACCACUUCUCUCUUCAACUCUUGUUAUUGAUGAAACAGAAAGGCUUCAUGGUCAAACUGAGCAAACUUUACAUAUAGAAAGAAAUAUUAUUGAAUCAGAUGACAAUACAUUAGAGAAAGAUGUACUACUAAACAUUCCACAGAAUUAUCUAGCAGAGGAUUCUAAGAAAACUCAUGUGGAACAAGCUCAUUUGGAAGAAAUCCAAUUCUUGACCAAAAUAGGCCAGUCAAAACAAUUUGUUUCAGAGGAAAAUAUUUCUGGGGAUAUACAUCAAUCAUUUUCAGAAGAUCAACCAACAAGCACUAAAAGAGACUCUGAGAUACAAGGUGAAGAGAACCUUCAGACCAGUGAUAACUUAGAAGAAAUAAAAUCCAUGGUGAUACCAGGUGAAAUUCUCAAGGACCUAUCAGAAGAACUACUUCUCUCUCCAGCUUGUGUUAUUGUUAAUGAAAAAGAAAGGAUUCAUGAUCAAACUCAGCAAACGUCACAGGAAGAAAGACAUGUUAUUGAAUCAGAUGAGAAUACAUCAGAGAAAGAACCAUCUGUGGUUUCAGAGGUUCAUUCAAACAUUACUCACUACACAGUAGAAGAGAAGGGGAUCGCUGUGGAAUUUACAAUGAAUGAAUUAGGGGAACGCAUCAUGGAAGCUAGUACGACAGAACAAAAAUGCUCCUUCACAGGCUCUAUAGAAGAUCAAGAUGCACCAGUAGAACAGAGAGAAGUGGGUGUAAGUGAUCUCUUACCUAAAUCUCAAUUUGAAGAUUCUGAUAUUCUGGAAAAAAUGAGUGGCUCUGUUUUGGUCGACAUUGUUAUCACAACAGAUCACAGAAGUUCAGAAGACAAGAACUCCUCAGAAAUGAAAUGUUCUUUAAAGGAAGAUGCCACUGGUGAUGAUGAUGAUGUCCGUGCACCCACAAAUCAGAAAGGAGAGUAUCUGAAAACUGCAGUUUUACCUGUCACUGAAAAGUCCCUUAUAGCUAAAUCUGAUGAGAUAGGUGGAGAACUGAAGACAAAGGAGACACUCAGUGAUCAAGACGAGGGCUUAUUGUUUCCCCAUAGCACAUUGGACCUAAGUGUGCAGAAGAGCAGAGUAAUUUUACGCAGGAAAACCUUGAUUCGCAAGCGACCUCGGCAAACUCCCGACCCUGAGACCAUUGAGCAACCUCCUCCUGUUGCCAGGCCAUUAUCAAUGGGAGUGCCAAUUUUCCCAGUGAAGCUUCCAAGCAUUGCCCUUUUGCACCCAAAACCUACGCCACCACCUGCCGAGGUCCAUAAGGAAGAGAAGACUCCAACAGAGGGACUAGCUGUGAAGCCAAAGAAAGGGUUACCAAGGCUUGCUGGAUUUGGGGUCCCACAUCCCCAGAUGAUGCAAGAACUCCAAAAUCGGCUACAGAAGAAGAAACCCAAAGAAUGAUUUGACUUUAGAAGAAAAGAUGUUCAUUCCACCAAGUGUGGUAAUGACUGGUCCCUUGCCUCUAGGCCACCAGGGUCAUGGAAGAUUUCUCAAAAACAUUUUUGUAAAUAAGAAUCAGGUUGGAGCAAUACGUUGAUGACGUUCUUCAUCCCUUUCUAAUUGGUUGAACUUUGUUUCUGAUUGAUUCCAGCUGGUCCUACCAUGGAACUGAUUUUUUCGUCUGUAUUUAUCUCUUUGGAUGCAACUGAUAAACUGAGUUUUAUCUUCUCCAAGGCAGAUGCCAUGGAAAUCUGCCUCUAAAGACUCCAGUGAUUCAUUGAAAGCAUUCCUUUCCUCAUGAGAUGCCACAAAACCAAAAAAUAACCAUAGUAUAAAUAGCACCAUAUUUACAUACAGGGAAAUAAUAUAUAUAUAUAGCAUUUCGAAUGACAGCUGUAUUAGACUAUUGCAAUUUAUUUGAUUAUAUAUAAAGGGUAAGUUCACAUACAAAUUCAUUUCAAUUCUUGUAUAUAUUAGAUACCUAAAUAUCUACAAGAAUUUAAAACUUUUUAAAAUUAGCUUUACACGCAAUUAGGUUUACACCAAUUUAUGUUUAGCUUUGUUUGGUUACUGGGGUAAGUGGCCUUGGACAGAUAACAAUUUAACUGCCAAACUGCAGAAACAAAAAUUCGGAAAUAAUUCUAAAUCUGUAAAAAAAAAAAAAAAAAAACUUAAAACAGUCUGCAUCAUUAAAUUGUAACUUUUAAACAAGAUGGUGUUGUUUCUGAAGAAACCACAAGAUGUUGGCUUUGAAACGCAAGAGGUGUUGGGGCCAGUCGCCCCUGGUGCAUAG